GCAACGUGCGCGCCUGGCUCCCGCGAGCAACAGCGGCGAAGAUGAGCAACGCCUAUCCUCGCGCUCGCAGCGCGCUGCCGCCGGACCAAGGCAUGGUCGCAGACAAUCGGAGCAGCAGCAGCAGCGCGUGUGCACCUGCUCAUAUGGCAUUCGGCAGCUCAUCAUCCGGAGCUACUUGUGUCAAGAGCGCGCCGUACGCGUACAACCCGCUAGAGCACUCCACAAGCUUGGGCUGGCAGCAGAGUCUCAUGGGAGCAACAGAUGUCGACCUUGGAGCGGAGCCAUCAGCUGCGGACAUUGGCGGGAGCAGCCACGGGGGACGGGCCGUACACAACAAUCUCGACGGCGGGUCGAUGCCUCAACAGAGCAAGACCUACAGGAUGGCGGUGAAGCGCACGGUGAUGUCCAUCGCGUUGAGCUGCGGCUUCGGCCUCGCCACGAUGUUGUUCAGAGGGAGGCAGUCGGGUCUGGAGUUCUUCGCUGGCUACUUGGUGGAGCAGUCUCUGAGCGUGGACAACCUGUUUGUGUUUUUGAUGACGUUCGACUACUUCCAAGUGCCUUUGGAGCACCAAGGCCGAGUCCUGACUUGGGGCAUCGUUGGGGCCAUCCUGAUGCGAGGCGUGAUGAUAGCGUUCGGCGUGGCGGCGGUGAAGAGGUUUCAGUGGAUCACGGUCGUGUUCGCCGCGAUUCUGCUGGUGUCGUCUUACAAGCUCCUCGUCGAAAGCGAGGAAGAAGACCACGACCUCAGCCAAAACACGCUCGUCAGGAUGUCGAAGAGGCUCGUCGGGGCUGUCGACGAAUACGACGGUGAUCGGUUCUUCACCCGCCUUGGGGGCAAGGGGAAGACGGUUGCCACUCCCCUCCUGCUCUGCUUGGUGUGCAUCGAGCUGUCGGACUUCGUGUUUGCGGUGGACUCGAUUCCAGCGGUGCUCGGGAUUUCGCAGGACCCUUUCGUCGUAUUCACGAGCAACUUAUUCGCGAUCAUGGGGCUGCGGAGCAUCUACGUGAUCAUCGCCCAAGCGGUGAGCCAACUGCCGUACCUCAAGCCCGCUGUGGCGCUCGUGCUGGGGUUCGUGGGCUGCAAGAUGUUGCUCGAGUACGUGCACAUCAAUAUCAGCACCGGCUGGAGCCUGUUUGUGGUGCUGUCGCUCAUCCUUGGCGGGGUGGGGCUCAGCUUGUUAGCGCGGCGAUGUCGCAGGGCGCCGGUGGUGCGACAUAAGCGGCGAAAAAGCGGAGAUGUGCCGCCGUUGCCGGCUCGCAACGGCAACGAGGAGGGGGGGGCAGGAGACUUCUCGGGGUUCGUAUAG